AUGUCUGUUCCAGGCAUCAACUUGCAGGCAAUUUUGGGCCAGCUUAUGGCCGCGGCACAAGGUCCCUCAGCGUUGCAAACGCCGAACACGGGCCCUACGGAUGUCACAGCAAUUAUCGCGGCUCUCAGUUUGUUGUCCCCUCAGCUUGCAUCCGCCAUCCAGAAUCAACCCCCCUUGAACACGGCUGUUGUGGACGACAACCCUCUUUCAGAUUUGUAUCGACGGGCCCACAUGACGUUUAAAGCUAACAACCGACCGAAAGGCACACCUGGUCGGGGCAAAUUCAAAUUGAAGGAGUGGAUGGGUCUAAGUCAGCAUAACUAUGAGCUUUUCCUCCGUACCGUCAAGGAUGCCGUUUACGCUGCUAAUCUCAACCGGACCCAGAUGAUGAAGGCCCAGGAUCCGGAAAGGCUUACUCGCGCUCGAGCCAAGAUUAAGAAAGCACUCCCGGGGCUUGCGGUGUACGCAAACUGUAACUCUCCCUACUGGCCAGUUGAUGCAGGUCUACUCGUCAUCCUCAAGUCCCUCACCGAGAGUCACAGGCGUCAAAUGGAACAGGCCGCACAGGAACAGGCCGCACAAGCACAAGCAUCUGAAUUUACGCCGGAUGGCGCCAAUGAUGACGAUACCCCUCCUGAUCCCAACGUCGCACCCGAUACCCCUCCUGGUCCCGACGUUGCACCCAUUGGUGUCGGUAACGGCAAUGACGACAACGACGGUCACAGUGACAAUGGCCUCAAGGAUUGUUACGAUGACAACAAUGAUGACGGCAACAAUAGCAGCAACGACGAUGACAAAGACGAAGGCAAGGAUGGGAACGUGACCAUGGCCUCCGCGCACGAUUUUGACGAGCUCCGUGACAUGCAGAUGGAUGCCGGACACGACCCACAGGAGGACGAAGAGAUGGCAGACAAUACGCCCUCGUCUAACCCUCCUGCAUAUAAUUCGGCCCUUUCCUCCACCAAUCCUGUUCUCGACCGUAGCCACGCCCCAGUCACCGCCAACAAACCCAAGUCCCGCAAGUCGUCUCCCAAUGUCUCCGCCCCCGCUGCUGUCGGUGCUCCAGCUCCAGCCAAGAAGCGCGCACAGUUGGUUGCGCCUACCGCAUCGAAUCCGGUUGCGCCAACCGAUCCUGCCGCCGCUCGCUCCAAUCGUUCGCGCCGUGACAACAAGGCCGGGGCCGUAUCAAGUCCGGUUUCCAUCGCUCCUUCCUCGAAUGUUAUUUCUACCUCCGCCGUCGCUGCCCCUGCAACAACCACGAUCUCCUACGCCUCCACAACCAACACCACCGUUCAAGCUCAAGCGUCGUCCACCACUGGCCUGCCCCUUGAACCAGGCAACGCGGCGCACUCUGCUUGGCUCCCUGCUUCAAAACGUCCGUCCCUUCCGCCUGCAUCUGGCCCCGAGCCUACCGAACCGCUCACUAGGGGCAAACGGGCGACACGCAAAAAGCCCCAAGCCAACAGCAAGACGUCGGCUCCUUCGGCUAACUCCGUGCAACCCCAGCCGACCCCAAAGCCCAAGCGCAAGACCAAGGCUGCGAUGGCCAAGGAAGCUGAGUCGAUGGGGCUGUCCGAUGUGGAGCCUACGCCGCCGCCCAAGCCGGCGCGUAAGACGCGUACUCCAGCCACUGACCAGCCGGCUAAAAAGAAGGCGGGGUCCAAAUCCAAGUAG